AGCUUAUUGGAAAUAUUUUAACCUCUACGUGAUUUUAUUGGAACGGCCAGUCUUACUUCCAGGUCACUUGACAAUCUUGUCACAUCCUCGGGAGCCCAGCCAGGGGUAAUGUUCUGACGGAUGCGCCGUUCAAGCUAACAUGCCAUAGGCAUGCUAUCGACCAGUGGGCGAAUUCAACUUCCGGAACAAGGUCUAACAGACUUUGUACCCAGGGGUAUCAUUUGGGAUGCAUUAUUUCUUGGAUUUGGGAACCAGMGACAAAAAGUAACUCCCAGGUUCCCGAGGAUGACUUUCUCGCGGCGGGUAUAGGGUAUAUAUAUAUUGGCAGUGUUCCCGAGAUAGUCUUUAGUGUGUCGUCUGCAUCUUGACUGGUGACUUACAGUCGUUAUCUGACAACACAGCACAAAGGUGAUAGUUGUUUUCCUUUUUUUUUUCUCCGGACUCAAUCUUCACUUCUUGGCCACAAUGUGCAAAACAGUAAGCAAGAGACGCCACAAAAAUGAAAAAGACAGACUUCCAAUCUCCCAACGUGCUGCACAUGGAGUAGGACACGUCCUGAUCGACCUUGUUGCAAAUAUUUAUUUCAGCUAUGUUAUAAUCUACCUCACCAAAGUAGUAGAACUUUCCAUUCGGUACACGGGGAUUGUCAUCUUACUUGGACAAAUAACCGAUGGAAUUUCCUCGCCUUUGAUUGGGAUCAUCUGCGAUAGAACCGUUUGCCGUUAUGGCCGUAGAAAAAUAUGGCACCUUAUUGGAAGCAUUCUUUUCACCAUAACCAUACCACUGAUGUGGAUAAAUUUUCUCAAGCAAGACACAAAUGAUGUUCUUAAGCUGGUGUAUUAUGUUGGCGUUUCUGUUGUGGUUCAGUUUGGUUAUGGGUGCGUCCAAAUCGGCCAUCUUUCGCUGAUCCCUGAAAUAUCGCGUCGAAAAAAUGAACGAGUUGAGCUCAAUGCAAUAAGGUCAGCGGUGACGUUCCUAUGUGGUAUUUAUGCCUACGGUGCUACAUGGAUACUGCUGGGACAGAGCAGUGAAAACAAAAUAACACCAAAMGUUUGGAAGGAAUUUAUGUACCUGUCGUUUGUAAUAGUAGUAACUGGGAAUAUCUGUAACGUUAUCUUCCACGUGGUUGUCAAGGAACCUCAAUCAUUGGGCUACUUGGAACGUCUUCGGCGCAAAUCAACUGUUGAAUCAACAGCAAGUGUACUUCCUGAACCUUCCAGUACCGUUACAGAGAAUGGUUUCAUAAACCACGCUAUGGACGCCAACACUUCAACAAAACAACAACAACAACAAUUGGACUUCUCACCCCAGUGCAAUGGCUCUCAAAAUAUGGCUUCAAAGGAAUGCGUGACCAUUGAAAUGAAUGGUGGCGUGACACACGUUCCUAGAGAUAGCGUGACAUGCAAUGAUAAUUGUGGCGUUACACAUAAUGAAGUUCUAGAAAUAAUUGAUAGAAGCGCUUCACCAUGCUUGCAGCCCAAAUCCCGCUUGGGUUGGCUGAAKAGCCCUGGCAUUUACAAGAUUGCUGUAGCCUACACGUGCUCUCGACUCGUAAUCACAGCAUCACAGUCAUAUUUCCCUCUCUACCUCACAGACACACUCAACUUCCMWAAGGARGCCAUUGCUUACUUUCCUUUGGUAAAUCUUGUCAGUGGGCUUUUGGCAAGUUCGCUGGUCAAGCCCCUCUGUAAAAGACUCGGACAAAAGAUAACUUACAUCGUUGGUGGAACUAUGGUCAUUGGCGCAUGCGUGUGGUUUUACUUCCAGUCUGUUGGUUUGCGCARUGCUGUGUAUGCUGCUACAGUAYUUAUAGGCAGCGGUGCUUCGAUUUUACUGGUGACGUCAUUGUCGAUGAUUGCAGACCUUGUUGGAAAUGACAARGAAUGUGGAGCCUUUGUUUAUGGAGCCAUUAGCUUUAUUGACAAAGUGUCCAGUGGUGUUGUCAUACUGGUUAUCCAAUAUCUUAACCCACGUGAUCAUCAGGUAGAAACAUGCUUGGAGUGUAACGAGUAUGUUCGUCGUGUGCAAAGCAUUGUCCCGGGAGUUGCAGCUGUGGUUGGCGUAUUGACUGUCAUCUUAUUUUUCAGCUCGAACUUUAUUUGUAAAGCAAAAGUUGAAUACAGCGAUGUUGGUGUAAACGUCAACUUCCCACAACUGUGGCUAGAGAAAGCUGAAGGCACAGACAAUCAUGGAGCAUCAAGCAAAGAGGACUGUUYGUGUGAUAAAAGUAAAUCAGACUGCAYGGUACGAGCUCAUUGCARYGAUKUGAAAGAACAUGUGGCAGCAGACACAAGAUUUUAAUGAAGCUCUGUUCAAAGAUUGAAGCACUACUAUUUAAUUAUAUUUUCAAGGAACAUUACUAAUUUAUAGAAUAUGAAUAUUUAUUGAGUUUAUAUCACGUUUGCUUGUAUAACGUAGGAAUAAGUACUGUUUUCAGAAACUGUAUUUAAAAUUAGGUGAUUUGGCACUUAGAACUUUUGAAAUUCAUUCAUUAUAUACAAUGGUAGUUUUAAAAAAAUGUUCAGUUUCUAAUUGAAAUGUUUCUCACAAGGUGGGAUUGUUGUUAACAUUUUGUCUACCACUUAUCCUGUAUCAGUCAUUCACAGAUUGGAUCAUACAUCCAUGAUGUUAUAUAAUGCAAUGAYGUCAUAGUAUAAUUAUAGCUUUUGAUAUACAAUUUCAGUUGUCUUUGUAUAAUUUCAUAAUAAAUUCAUUCUAUAAAAUCUCAAUAAAAGACUUUUUAUAUUA